AUGGCGGGGAUCAAGUUGGCGCUCGCCCUUUCGUUCGUAAUCCUUCUGUCGCUGUCCCGAUCUCCCGAGAGCUCUGCUAGUGCUCGGGAGGGUUGCGAGUCCACAGAUAGAAAGGGAAAGAGUGGCAUCCAUGUGAAAAAGAUUGGCGGCAGCGGGGGAGGUGGGGGCGGCGGGGGAGGAGGCGGUGGUAAGGGGGAGGCAGGGGGCGGGGGCGACGGCAGCCGAGGGGGAGGAGGCCGUGGUGGACGAGGGGGAAGUAGCGGCGGCGGCAGUCGUAGGCGUGGUGGGGGGGCCGACAGCAGCGGCGAUGGUUAUGUCUGGCCAGGGGGUGGAGGUAAACCCAACAACAGGACUCGAAGUUCCUCGGCGGCCAUCGGAUCUGAUCCGUCGUGGAAUGCCUCCAUCGUUUGUUCCUGCCUUCUCCUCAGUGUUCUGUUGGCUUUCGAAUCUCUAGUUUGA